GUCACCUACUUCCAAUAAAAGACACGACAGUCGCCUCCGCUCUACCGGCGAUUCAUUGCAUGCGACUGAAACGUGACGGGUCAUUCAAACGAGAUCUUUCUGGAUUUUGAGAAACAUUUACCAAGUCCCGUAGUAGAGAUGUUUUGAGGACAGGUCGGGGUCUAUCCUAGCUAAUCUUGUUCAUCAACGGAGAGUUAUUCAAGCAUCUGCCUUUCAUUUCCUGAUCCCGCGCUCGCUGUCGUACUUUAAUCCGCGGGAUAAUUAGCUCUCCCGCUAGAAGCUUCCAUUUAAAGGAUAAAGAAAGACAACGUGUGGAUGCACCUCCAUUCACCCAACCUUACUAUUGCAUGAUGGCCAGUAGAUUAGGUUUUGUGAUUGCCAAGAGCCAAAGUAUUGGCAAAAUAAUUAGUAUUACAGGAUAACAAUACGCCCACACUUCUAAUUUACCUCUUAUUUAUUUCUAGCCUUGUUGGGUUAUAGUUUACAGUAUUUUGAGUCUUCAUUUAACUGAGAGGCCUUGGACUCUGCCUAUUUAUUUACCUUGAUACCUCAUAUUACAGUAGCUGCUUCUAACAAAUCGGUGGUUUCCCAUCCAUUUGAUACUGCUAAGUUUCAUUUUGUGUAGCCUAUAUUUACAUCACGCACAAUGGCUUCUACAACCAUGGCUACACUACUCAUCGUGGGCACGGCCGCCCUGGCCACCCAGGGGCCAAUGACCGACUACAUGUGGCUGCUGAUCGUGGGCUUCAUCAUCGCCUUCAUCCUGGCCUUCUCCGUGGGGGCCAACGAUGUGGCAAAUUCGUUCGGCACGGCGGUGGGCUCAGGGGUGGUCACCUUGCGGCAGGCCUGCAUUCUGGCCACUGUGUUCGAGACGGUGGGCUCGGUUCUGCUCGGGGCCAAAGUCAGCGAGACGAUCCGCAAGGGCAUCAUAGACGUGGGGAUGUACAACGGCUCCGAGCACGUCCUGAUGGCCGGGUCGGUCAGCGCCAUGUUUGGGUCUGCCGUUUGGCAGCUGGCCGCAUCAUUUCUGAAGUUGCCCAUUUCUGGAACACACUGCAUUGUCGGAGCUACCAUCGGCUUCUCCCUCGUAGCUAGAGGAUCACAGGGAGUGAGGUGGCUGGAACUGCUUCGAAUCGUUGGCUCAUGGUUCCUGAGCCCCCUGUUGUCUGGUCUCAUGUCUGCUGUGGUUUUCUGGUUUGUGAGAAAGUUCAUCUUGCAUAAGAAAGAUCCAGUGCCCAACGGACUCAAGGCCCUCCCAGCCUUCUAUGCACUCACCAUGGGGACAAACCUGUUCUCCAUUAUGUACACUGGAGCUCCGAUGCUGGGAUUCGACAAUUUCCCAUGGUGGGUCACUUUGCUCAUCUCCCUGGGCUUCUCCUUGGUCACUGCCCUGGUGGUGUGGUUCAUCGUGUGCCCGUUCCUCAAGAGGAAGAUUGAACGAGACCUGAAGGCGUCCAGCCCCUCUGAGAGCCCCCUGAUGGAGAAGAGGGAGCUCCCGGAGCCCCAGUGCCCCAUCCUCAAGCCGGCCCCCACCCCUCCCCUGGCCCUCGAGAGCGACUCCGCCCAGCCCGUGGCAGAGGAGCGGCGGGUCGCCUUCAACAUCGGAGACUCCGACGACGGCGACAAGGAACGCAAGGUCGGGUUCGCCAUCGGAGACACGGACGAGAACGACUACAGCGCUGCCAACGGUGGUCCCCCGAAGCCCCAGGCCAACGGCGCGCCGGCCAUCUCCGCCAACCAAGCCCAGUUCAACCAGCAGGUGCAGUUCUCCAGCCAGCAGGCCCACAUCCCCAGCAACGGCUACAGCCACUACCACACCGUGCACAAGGACUCGGGGCUGUACAAGGACCUGCUGCAUAAGCUGCACCUGGCCCGCGUGGGCGACUGCAUGGGCGAGGCCGGCGACCGGCCCAUCCGCCGCAACAACAGCUACACCUCCUACACCAUGGCCAUCAUCGGCAUGCACGGCGAGUUCAAGCACCGCGAGGGCGAGUUCCACGACGGCGCCAAGGCCGCCGGCGCUGCCGGCCAGGACCGGAAGCGCAUCCGCAUGGACAGCUACACGAGCUACUGCAACGCGGUGGCGGAAAACGCCGCCCCCGAGGGCGUGGAGGAGGCCGACGUCACCCUGGAGAUGGCCCAGGCGGAGGGGGCCGGCAGCCACAGCUCCCUGGAGGAGGACCGGCUGGAGAAGGACCGCCCCGAGGUGUCCACCCUCUUCCAGUUCCUGCAGAUCCUCACCGCCUGCUUCGGCUCCUUCGCCCAUGGAGGCAACGACGUCAGUAACGCCAUCGGCCCGCUGGUGGCGCUGUGGCUGGUUUACACCAGUGGCAGCGUGGAGUCAGCCGAGCCCACGCCCAUCUGGCUGCUGCUGUACGGAGGAGUGGGCAUCUGUGCCGGUCUGUGGGUGUGGGGCCGCCGGGUGAUCCAGACCAUGGGCCGAGACCUCACGCCCAUCACCCCCUCAAGUGGUUUCAGCAUUGAGCUGGCCUCCGCCCUGACAGUGGUGGUUGCCUCCAACAUCGGACUGCCCGUUUCCACCACCCACUGCAAGGUGGGCUCAGUGGUGGCGGUGGGAUGGCUGCGCUCCAAGAAGGCGGUGGACUGGCGUCUGUUCCGCAACAUCUUCAUGGCCUGGUUCGUGACGGUGCCCAUCUCGGGCCUAAUCAGCGCGGCCAUCAUGGCGGUGUUCGUCUACGGCAUCUUCUGAAGGGUGGAGACGCCAGCCCCGAGAGGGGGCGAGGAGAGACACUGUGCCCUGGCACGCGCGGCGGAGGCCCAGAAGCGGUGGCUUGGAAAAGGAGGUCAUGGCGUACGCGGACCUCCAGGCCACCACUUUCGGGAGAGGAAGGGAGGAGAGGAAAUGUUGGGAGGGGGAGGGUUGUGAAAUGGGCCUGUGGUUCUUUUAUACUACAUUAUUCUCCACCUCAAGUUGGUGGUUUAUUUCCGUUUGGGCCUGGUCCCUUUGAUUUCCCUUUUUGUCUGGGUGGAUAAAAGAAUGAUUUGGUAUACUUCGGUCCCCACAAAUCUGUAGAGCAAAACAAUACGCACCAACUUUUGUUUCAUUACUUUUUAAAUUCUUUCCUCAACUAUAUGGGUAUAUAUAGAUAUAUACAUGCAGCCCUCUUUCUUGGGCAUUUUAUUACAGGAGAUUAUGAAAAACGAAUGGAGAGGGAGAGGAAAAAAAACAAUGCAAUAUUAUUAUUUUUUAUUUUAUUUCCGUGAACAUUCUCAGUGGCAGCCCUGGCUGUAUGUUUUGAUGCAAAAAACGAGGUUAUUGUGCGUGGCUUUUAAAUGUGUCAAGUUCUUUAUAUUUUUUUGGUAUUACUGAAAUGUUUUGAUUUGGUCUUGUCAUGAACCGCCGGUUUAGAUUAUUUUUUAUAUAUUAAAAGCCCCUUUAGACUAGCUGGUUGAAAGGCACCAUUUUAAAAAAGGUUCAUAAAAUAAGUAACCAUUAAUGGGUUUAUGUCAAGCAUGCUUAGGACUAUUUAUACAUGACCAAAUAA